GUUCCACGUGCAUUUGUUGUGCUAAAGAGAGCAAAAUGAUUACUCAAAACAUUUGCUUAUCUUGGUCAUAAUCAGAUUAUGAAAUGAAAAUGGACUUCCUGACAGUGAAGGACAUAGCUGCAGAGUCUAUUAGUUCUAUUAAACUCAUAGAACUGUUGGUGAAGCAGGUUAAAAAGAAAAAAGACAACAAAAUAGAUCCAGAAUUCUGUGAUCUCUUGUAUUUACUGGAAGGCAUCAUCUCAACAGAACAAGAUGUGGACACUAAUUGCAUUCAUAGAGUUUUAGAUGAGGUGUGCCUCCCACUCCUGUUUAAGAUUCAUCCCUCAUAUGACAGUAAUGUAGAGAAUGUAGCUCUGCUGACAUCAGUUAGCUCCCUUUGUGGGGCGUGUCUAUUGAAGGCUGAGGAGACCAGGGUGACUGAUUUGAUUGACCAGUGUUUGCGGAUUUUGACAUCUUACAGUCAGGGGGCUGAUUGGAUAUCCGAGGACGGAGAGUCCAUGGACAUUUAUUGCUGUGUGUCAGUUUUACAGCAUAUGUCCAAACAUAGGGUAAACCAAUUCUUAACUUCUAUACAGAACAAACUCCUAAAGGCAUACUUCUGUGUUGUUCAUUCUAUAAAGUGUAUGCAGGACAAUUUACUCAUAAACUUGGCAUUAAAUUUCCUAAAGAAUAUGAUGAAUAUAUGUAUCAGUGAAAAUUUUGAUAAACUUUCAGCUGUUUGGGAAUUAAUUUGCAAAGAGUUUGAUGAAGGGAAUGAAAAGCCAUACAUUGUACUUUGUGGUAUGGCCGGCCAUUUCUUUCCUGUGGUGAAUGACACUGUAGUUUUUGAUCUGAAAUGUAAGGAUGACUUCUGGAGAAUAAUUCAGCAAGGAGUAAGUCGAAAAUCACCCUCCUCCCGGAAACAAACGAUGUACCUGUUGAAGAGGGUGACUGACAUCUGUCAUUCCUGUAACAUUAGUGUUCAAAGUGAAACCUUGUUCCACUGGAAACCAAAAGACAAUUUGAUGGAGGUCUGGGAGGACUAUAUACUAAUUCUAGAAACCUUGGAAGAAAAACAGGUUCACAUCAUUAAACCAGUGCUUCCCAGAUUAUCUAAACUCAUAAAAGCAACACAGAUUGAUCAGAAUGGUCAAGGGUCUCUACAUUCAUCCUGGCUUACAGCCAUUUUCAGGAGACUUCUGAUGCAUGAGAAUAUCUUUAUUGUGAGGUAUACUGUGGAUGUACUUCUAAAGUUAGACCUCCGGUUUUGUCCAAUGCUGAAACAAGGCCAGGAGAAGUAUGUAUGUGAAGAGUUUUUGCUGUCUCUACAAGAGCCAAAACUGUUUGUCAGACAAGAGAGGUCCCCAGCAGGAUCCAGUCUCACUUGUUGUGAGGCACUCGCAGGGUUCUUCCAAAACUGUUGGCAAGUCCUGGACAAUCCAUCUGCACAAACAUCUUUCUUCAGGAGAAUCCUGACAACAAUUGUAGACAACACUUGGAGCCCAGUGCCCUUAUUAAUGAUUUUUGAGGCUCUGUCAAAAACUCCAGCUACUCCUAUCUUGGAUUCAGCUGGACUUCAAGAUUUCAAAAAUGGUGUAACUGGUGAGACAAGAACCUGGGACAGUUUUACUAGGGGGGCCAUGUUGUGCUUCUGUGGAAAGAUUCUUCUGAAUCUUAUAAACAUUGAAAAAGUUCAGCCUCUUGAAUUUUUCUUCACCCUCACCAUGUUCACUAGAAGUGAGAGUCUGUGUAGAGGAACUUGUUUUUGGAAGGAGGUUUCUGAUUGGCUAAAGACCAUUACAAAUCUUGGACUUAAGAAUUGGACUGCAGAUGACAUCAAAUCAUGCAUCAGAAACCAAACUGUAAAGCUACUGACCAUCAAAGAGGACAGUGUUACAGAUGAAGGAGACAUUUUGAUGAUGAGUCGUCUGAUACUGUUGUCUGUGGAUGCAGACAUCCUGCCACUGAGGACUUCCUCUGAACAGGAGACAUAUUCCCUAACACACACACUACAAUCACUGACUAAGAUCAUCAAUGAUUUCCCUACCCAUCCCUACAUGUCAUCAGUCAAGGUGGAAAAAGCACUGGAACUAAUGGUGGGCCUUAUGGCAGAAGUUGGAGAUUCAUUAGAAGAUGAAGUCAGCCAAUUUAUUAAGUCUUUCAUGAACACAGCAGCUGUAUCAGGAAUCUUAUUUAUACAGCAGCAGCUCACAGAGGGAUGGAAACAAAUGAGUGAUCUCCCUUCAGUAAACCUUUGCUGUGAUGCACUGUCAUUGGUUGUGAGCAAGUCAUUUGAUGCUAAUGUUGGAGAAGCAACAAAACAAUUGUCUGGGAGAUGUUUUCAUUUUCUGCACACUUUGAAACAGGACAGUGUAGAACAGCAGAUUAAGCGGCUGGGAGCUAGUAUGAUAUUGGGAACGAUUGCCCAGCAUGUCACGGAUCAGAAGCUACUAAGACAUUUACUCACACAGGUCCAGUCUUCAGCCUCAUUUAUUCCAGCCACAUUUAUAAAGCCCCACUCUGAUACCUGUAUUAGCCAGAAAGAAUGGGGAAGAAUGGCAUCAGACUUCAUGACCAGCCAAUGGCAAAUUGUCCUUUUCCUCUUAAAGAAUUCCAAUCCAUGCAACUCCUUUGUCACUAUUGAGAAGUGUUUGGAAUACUUGGCAGUCAGUUCAGGGGAGGCCACGAUUAUCAUCUUCAGUUGUAUCAAGCUCCUUUUGCCAAUGAAGGUAGAUGAAGGAAAACUAGACACAGUAGUAGAAGUGCUUAGAAUCACAUGGGCUUAUCUAAAGGAACGUCAAGGAAAAGGGACCAGUUACUGGCAGUACUUAGAGGCUUACACAGAAAUGGCCUUCCAGAGAGCCCUGACCACACAGUCUAAGGACUCUCCUGUUACACAUCAACUCUUACAAAUUAGUGAUGACCUUAUGGAGACUGGUGAAGAGAAAAGCGGGGUAGUAAAUGUGUUGUUAAAUCGUUUGAUCAGAGACUGCCCCGUUCCAAUGGAGAAUUUCCUUCCAGUCCUUGUCCAAUGCUGUAUGUUUGGACCUGUCUACAAAAAACAGGAUAAACAGUUGAUUGAUGUGUUCAGCUACAUAUCAUCUUUAGGAUCCAAAUUAACCAGCAAUGAACUCCAACCUUGGUUUCCCAAGAAUCUGAUGGUGAAAGUCAGACUUGUAGAAUUCCUGUGUCAUUUAGAUCCUCAGAACUCCCUCCAUAACAGCUUUGGACACCUCCUCUUGUCAGCUAUAUUUACGAAAUACCAGGACUUGGUGACAAUAUCCAGUGGGAACACUUAUAGCAACUCGUUACCACAUCGUCAGAAAAACAGACUGAUGCAGUGUGUGUUGCUCUUAGAACCAUUUAUUUCACAGACAGAAAGUGAGGUUAUAUUUUCCCAGCUGAUUGAUUUUCUCAGUGUAGAGAUGCAGCCAUCUGUAAGGCAUUACCAGGAGUGGGCGUGCAUGCGGCUUAUUAGUCGAUUUCCAAACCUUGUAUCAAAUUUGUGGUCAGCAUUUGCUGUGAUUCAGAAGAAGAGUACCCCAGGCCUCUCCUCACUAAUGUUAAUCACUUCUCAUAUUGGACUUCUGCAAACCACAGCAUCUCAGGAGAAGUUUUAUGACACUGCCUUAUCUAAGAUUUUGCCUCUCUGUUUGGCCCACCACUUCCAAACUCGGAUCCAUGCCCUGGCUGUCUUGUCUUUGCUAUGGGGCCAGUGUAAGAAACUGAAUCUCCAGGGAGUCAUAAAUCGACAUGGCAUUAUUGAAGUCUGCUUUAUCCAACUUGUUGAAGACAAUAAUACAUCAAAGAAUGUGAAGAAGUUGCGGGAGGACUAUUUUCUGGCUCACCUUGACAUCCACAGAGACUAUAGUGUGGAGACUCUAUUCCACACAAUGCCUUGCCUGAGCUUGCUGUUUGAUGAUGAGUGGAUUUCUCCCCACUAUUUUGAUAUGUAUCCAAAAACCUCCUACAUACCCUUAAAAAAUCCAGACUUUACUUUUAAAAAGUAUGAGGAGAAGACUCAGUGCUUAAAAGUCCAAAAUGACAGUGAAUCUGAAGAAACAUCAGGAGAUAUCCAGAAAAAGAUCAUGCCAUGGCAACUAAUGAAUCCUGACGAUGUGUUUGGAGGAGACAUGGAAAAUCCCAAACGUCGUCACAGUUCUGAAGGACUGAUCCUGGUGACAUCGCUGAUUGACAAGGUGCCUAAUCUGGGAGGACUUUGCAGAACCAGUGAAAUUUUUGGAGUGUCCGAGUUUGUCUUGAACAAGCUGAAGUAUGUGGAGGACAAGGUGUUUCAGACUCUCAGUGUCUCAGCUCAUAAAUGGGUUCCCAUCAGAGAGGUUUUCUCUGUCCAUCUCCCAGAAUAUUUCCAACAGAAGAAAUCUCAGGGAUACACCUUGGUCGGGGUGGAGCAAACAGCUAACAGUGUCUCACUUAAUGACUUCAAGUUCCCAGCCAAGACGCUUCUCCUGUUAGGAAAUGAGAAGGAGGGGAUUCCGGCUGACCUAAUUAGCCAGUUAGAUGUUUGUGUGGAGAUUCCACAACAAGGAGUGAUACGCUCCCUAAAUGUCCAUGUCAGUGGCGCAAUCUUAGUGUGGGAAUACAGGAGACAGCAUAUGGUGAAGGACAAAAUAUCUGUCUCAGGCAGCUAGUGCAGGACAAUUAGCCUGCUUAUUCCAAGGUCUGGAUAUCUGAUAAUAUCAAAAAAGACUUUAGAUGACAGAUUGAACUUUUUUCCAGGAUAUAAACAUAUACAUAGGAUGCGAUAUGUAUUUGUGUGCCCUAAAAUUAUCUGUCAUGCUAAUAUCAUUAAACUGUAAAGAAAAAAUAUCUUAUAACUGUUUAUGAGAAAAGAUUGAAAUAAUGUGAUAAUUAAAAUUUUUAGAGUGCCAUAAACAACAUUCUAAAUA